AUGCCAGAAAUAUUAUCCCUGACUCUAACCUUCUUUUUGUUUUUUACUGGGAGAUUCUGCUUUUCAUCUGCUGACAUCAACGCCGAUGGAGGUGGAAGAUCCAACGGCAACUACUCCGGCAGCUUUCCGAAGCUGUACGCUUUCGGGGAGUCAGGGACGGACACAGGAAACGCCCACGCCAUCGGGAACCUUAAACAACAUGUGCGGCUGUCGUCCUUGCUGUCGCAAACAGAUCGUACGUACAACAGGGGGAGGUUGACCAACGGCCGGUUGAUCAUUGAUCAUAUAGCGGAAUCUUUGUCUCUGCAACCGCCAAUUCCCUACCAGAGCGUUUCCGGCUCGGCGAGAAGCGGCGGAAGUGCUUCGUUCUCCCACCAUCACCAUCAACAAUCGUCUAGUAGUCAUUCGUUUUCUAUGUCUUCGCAUCACAACUUCAGUGGUUCGAUGUCGGCUCAUGGCGGAGCAAGUGGUUCGAUGUCGGCUCAUGGCGGAGCAAGUGGUUCGGCGUCGGCUCAUGGCGGAGCAAGUGGUUCGGCGUCGGCUCAUGGCGGAGCUAGUGCUUCGGCGUCAGCUCAUGCCGCAGCAAGUGCUUCGGCUUCCGCUCAUGCCGGAGCAAGUGGUUCGGCGUCGGCUCAUGGCGGAGCAAGUGGUUCGGCGUCAGCUCACGGCGGAGCAAGCUCUGAAAUGUCGAGUCACGGCGGAUCGAGCUCUUCUAUGUCGAGUCACGGCGGAUCGAGCUCUGAAAUGUCGAGUCACGGCGGAUCGAGCUCUGAAAUGUCGAGUCACGGCGGAGCAAGUUCUGAAGCGUCGAAUCACGGCGGAGCAAAUUCUGAAACGUCGAGUCACGGCGGAUCGAGUUCUGAAGCGUCGAGUCACGGCGGAGCAAAUUCUGAAACGUCGAGUCACGGCGGAGAAAGUUCUGAAACGUCGAGUCACGGCGGAUCGAGUUCUGAAGCGUCGAGUCACGGCGGAGCAAGUUCUGAAGCGUCGAGUCACGGCGGAGCAAGUUCUGAAGGUUCAUCAAAGAGUGGCAAAGAUGAGUCAUCAUCAACCAGCGGCGGCGCAGAUGAAUCAAAGAGUGGCAAAGAUGAGUCAUCAUCAUCCAGCGGCGGCGCAGAUGAAUCAAAGAGUGGCAAAGAUGAGUCAUCAUCAUCCAGCGGCGGCACAGAUGAAUCAAAGAGUGGCAAAGAUGAGUCAUCAUCAACCAGUGGUGCAAAUGAUGAAUCAUCAUCAACAAGCGGGGGUGCAAAUGAAUCAUCAUCAUCAAAGAACAGUAAAGAUGAAUCAUCAUCAUCAAAGAGUGACAAAGAUGAUUCAUCAUCAAAAGGCGACACAAGUGAUACCUCAUCAUCAAAUAGCAACGCAGAUGAGUCAUCAUCAAAAAGCAACACAGACGAGUCAUCAUCAAAGAGUGACAAAGACGAUUCAUCAUCAAAAGGCGACACAAGUGAUACCUCAUCAUCAAAUAGCAACGCAGAUGAGUCAUCAUCAAAGAGUGGCAAAGAUGAUUCAUCCUCAAAGAGCAGCACAGAUUCUUCAUCAAAAAACGACAAAGAUGAUUCAUCCUCAAACAGUGACACAGAUGAUUCAUCAUCAAAGAACAACACAAAUGCUUCAUCAUCACAGAGUAGCAGUAAUACUUCAUCGUCGUCGUCGAGUAACACAGAUUCUUCAUCAUCAACCAGUGGCACUGGUGCCUCAUCCACAACCAAUAAUGAAUCAUCAUCAAAGAGUAACAAAGAUUCUUCAUCAUCAACGGGUGGAACAGGUGGUUCAUCCUCAAACAGUAGCACAAAUAAUUCAUCAUCAAAAACCAGCACAGAUUCAUCUUCAAAUGGUGGCAUAGGUACUUCAUCUUCAAAGAACUGCACAUAUGCUUCAUCAUCAAACACUGUAAAUAAUACUACAAUGUCAUCAUCAAUGGGUGGUUGUGAUCAUUCACCAUCAAAUGUUGGUAAAGAUUCUUCAAAGUCAAAGAGUCACAAAGCUCAUUCAUCAUCAAAGAGCUAUAAAGAUUCUUCAAAGUCAAAGAGUAACAAAGAUUCUUCAAAGUCAAAGAGUUACAAAGAUCAUUCAUCAUCAAAGAGUUACAAAGAUUCUUCAAAGUCAAAGAGUCGCGAAAAUCAUUCAUCAUCAAAGAUUGACAAAAACUCAUCAAAGUCAAAGAGUCGCAAAGAUCAUUCGUCAUCAAAGAGUUACAAAGAUACUUCAAAGUCAAAGAGUCACGAAAUUCAUUCAUCAUCAAAAAGUCACAAAGAUACUUCAAAGUCAAAGAGCCACGAAAAUCAUUCAUCAUCAAAGAGUCACAAAGAUUAUUCAAAGUCAAAGAGCCUCAGAGGUCAUUCAUCAUCGAAGAGCAACAAAGAUUUUUCAAAAUCAAAGAGUGGCAAAUAUAACUCAGCAUCAAAGAGCUAUAAAGAUUCUUCAAAGUCAAAGAGUGACAAAGAACCUUAA